UCAUAUAUAUAUAAGACAUUGUUCUCUUCCAUCUUUUUUCUUCUCUUCGAGUUUCAAAGUUUCUGUUUUUCUUUCUUUGCUUAAAUCGGAGAGACACCCUCUCCUUUAAUUUAGUUUUAAUCCUUCUGGGUUCCUCGGGAAAAGAACAAGUCCACACAUUCUUCUUCAUACGUUCAAGAAGCAAUACGAGGACGAGAUCUUCCUAACGACUUUGAUCUUCUUCAAUCGGACAUAAUUCUGAAUUGGUUGAAGAUGUUGGGAGAUCUCAUCAUCAGAUUCCUUGUAUUAAUAUUAGGGUACACAUACCCAGCUUUCGAAUGCUUUAAAACGGUGGAGAAGAACAAAGUUGAUAUCGAGGAACUCAGAUUCUGGUGCCAAUACUGGAUACUGUUGGCGCUAAUUUCGUCGUUCGAGAGGGUUGGCGAUAUAUUUAUCUCAUGGUUACCGUUAUAUGGAGAAAUGAAAGUGGUCUUCUUCGUAUAUCUGUGGUAUCCCAAAACUAAGGGAACGAGGCAUGUGUAUGAGACGUUGUUGAAGCCAUACAUAGCUCAGCAUGAGACAGAAAUUGACAGAAAGAUUAUGGAGUUGCGAGCUAGAGCUUGGGACUUUUUCAUAUUCUAUUUCCACAAUUUUGCCCAGGCUGCUCAAUCCACCUUCAUUCAGGCUUUUCAAUAUGUACUCGCCCAAUCGCUCCGGUUCCCUGCUGCAGCCGCAGCUAACCAACCGCCGAACGUGAACGUUAAAACGCAGUCACCGGUGGAGACAGAGAGUGAACCGAACUCACCACCCGCCCCUAGAGCGUUGAACAAAUCAUUAUCAGCGUUGCGAUCGCUAGAGAAGCAAACGAGCAGGGGGAGGAAGUGGCCACCACCGACACCACCCCAAACACCAGGCCGAGAAGCAGCCAGAACGUUCAACGGAGAAGGAGUCGACAUUCCAGAUACAAUUCCAGGAUCACCCAUCACCGAUGCCCGAGCCAGGCUUCGACGUUCUAACUCCAGGUCUGAGGCCGCAUCAUAG